ACUCGAUCCCAACACUCAUGAAUGACCGAGUGUGGAGCUUGUCCCGCGACGGCUCCCGAGCCAGGCAGUGCCUCCCCUUGGCCUGCAUGUGUCCCCGAACACAGUCAACGCCGGCAGCACCACCUUCAGCGUGGAGAUGUUGGGAAAACUUACAAUGCACUGCUGGCAAGGCAAAAUUCGGCAGCGUCAAGAGCGACGAAGAACCUACGGAAAGCAUGAGUAGUAGUCGAGACCUGUAUCGGAGUGUGCUGCUGGGCGGGCCGUGCGAGUCGCCGCAGUUCAGCAGCGGUGACCUCUCGCCCAUGUCCAACCUGGCCUUCUCCCUUCACGGCACCUCCCUCUCCCACACACCCCGCAGACGGCUCUCCCUCAACUCCAACAUGUCCGACACCCCUCAGUCCUGCCACAACGACUCAUCACAACUUUCAAGUAACUCGCCAACAGACGGCCAGAGCUCAGAGUCCGGGUCCAGCACGAUGGAGGAGGCGAUCGUCUCUCCUCGACGGAAUAUCAGCACGUCCUCACGCAAUAAAGAAAAUUUUCCCUCUCCUUACUUCUCCCCGUCCCGCCUUCCACCCCGCAGCCGUUCCAGCCCCCUGCAGGAAGUCCAGAACACAGUUAAUAGGACCUUGGAUUUCAGUCCCCUUAAAAAGAUGGUGUCUCCCUCAAAGAGACAGCUAACCUCCCCUCAGAAGCCAUCCACUCCAGAUGACUUUGACACAACAUCUCAAGACAGUGGUUACUCAGAAAGUGGCAAGAAGGUGGAGGAGGACUGUUUCAGUGUUCCAAUCAGCUGUGCACCCCGUAAGCUGAACUUGGAUUUGUCCCCACCCAAGGCAAAGGUGGCUGUCUCUCCAUUGAAGCCAGUUUCUGUGGUGCCUUCCACAACUACAUCAACAUCAGUAUCUUCCAGCAGCUCUCCAGUUCCCUCUGUGUCAACUGAAGGCCGAAGACCAUUCAAAAAGUUUUCAUCUCUCUCAAAGGGUGAUGAGGAGGAUGCCAUGCUUAUGGACUUGAUGAAUGAAAUGCCCCCUCAAGAUGAAAAACCUCUUGGUUUCUCUAACUUGUUGUCAGCCCCAAUACAACAAGAAAGAGUAUCUCCACCUUCCACGGCUGCAGCCCGACCCUCCAUUAGGCGGUGUCUGUCUAUGAUUGACACUACCCCCACCUCCUCUCGAGUUCAGUUUGUCUCCAAGCCAUCACCAGCGCCAGCUGAUUACACUUCCUCCUUCAAGCGACCAAACCCUCCAACUGAUUCCAGCAACCUUGAUAGCAAACGGAGGAAACUGGAUGUGCCCAGUGAGCAGCUUUCUCCCCUCACCUCCAAUGCUCAAACCACCACCCAAAGCAAGAGCCCAGCCCUGCUGACACAGAGACAAGUGUCAGCUCCUGAACCAAGCCCCUCCCAACAGAACACUAGACCCAAGUGGCAGAGGUGUCACUCCGAGAGUCAUGUCUCUAUAAUGAAAGCUUUAAACAAGAGUUCUGGACAUGAUGGAAGCCUCAUAGGAGAUUUCUCCAAGCCCUUGCUGCUCCCCACAUUAGAGGGAGGCAAGCAUCCAGACCUGAAGUCCAUCAGUGUUGACACUUUAGCUGAAGUCGUCCGAGGGAAAUACAAGAAUAAAGUUGCCUCCUGCCGUAUCAUUGACUGCAGGUAUCCGUACGAAUAUGAGGGUGGCCAUAUCUUAGGUGCCGAGAUGUGGCACUUGCCUGAGAUGGUGGGAGAACACUUGAAGGCCCGGAAGGGAGCCCCUGUCAUUACUGGAGAGGAGGAGCUUCGUCACAUUAUGGUGUUCCACUGUGAGUUCUCAGCUGAGAGAGGACCCAGGACUCAGCGGCUGCUGCGGGAGAUUGACCGCACUACCAACAAGGAGCACUACCCGGCUCUUCAUUUCCCUGAGAUUUACCUCCUGGAAGGUGGCUACAAGUCCUUCUAUGAAAGCUACCCAGAGCUGUGCACACCCAAUGACUAUGUGAGGAUGCUAGAUCCCAACCACACAGAAGAUCUCAAGCACUUUAGGGGUAAGUCCAAGUCCUGGGCUGCCGAGAACAAACAGUCCAAGAAUCGCAACGCAGGACCUCGUCCAGGGCUCAAGAGACUUGGGUUAUGAUGACUGUCUCACAUUUAGGACUAAUCUUUUUAUGUCUUUUACUCUGAUUUUUAUGACACAUUUUUUAAUGACAUAAACUUUUGUGUGAGUGCAAUAUAUCUAUUAUUUUGUUGUGUACAGUUUUGUCCAGGUUCAGUCUUCAAUGUUAGGGAGGAUUUUUCUUUUUUUCCCCAAUGCCAAAGGAUGUUAUGUUCCUCCUGAAAUGUUGAGCAAUCCACUCCAAGGUGUGGGACUAGUCUGGGCAAAAUUUUGUUGAUUUUGUUCUUCUUUGUCUUUGUUUUCCAUUAUUUAUGUUUUGAUCUGAUCUACAUGUGAUCAAUGUUUUUAUCUUCAUCUUUACUGUCAUUAAGGCAAGUUUCCACCCAUUCCUCCAUCAGUGAUGUUUUAACUUCUUGUGAGCCCUCUCUUUUUAACAUGCUUGAAGAGUAAUAUAAACAAAACCAACUGUGAUAAUCAAACCUUUUAGUCGAUGCAAAAUCAUGUUGAUUGAUGUGCAGUAACGGUACAAAUAAUGUAUUUCAUGAACAGGGAAGGGUGUCACUGUCAUGGUUUAUCAAUUUAGCUUUUCACGGAGGUUUGAGAAGAUCGAGAAAAUUUGGGUGUGAUUUACACAUUUAUAUGACCCCUAAUGUAAAGGUAAUUGCAGGGAAUGGAUAUAUGAAAAGGAAAAUUAAUGUCACCGUCAUUAUUCAACCUCUGCUUUCAUUGGGUUUUGUGAGAAGUGAGAAUGAAAGUCUGCUGUGAUUUACAUAUCAUCUCUUAAGAGGGUAACUGGCCUGCAGUUUUGUGUAUAGGAACCACCGCCACAAGUGUUCAGUGUAUUUGUAGGUAUAUUUUUCAACAUGUCCAGCGACCCCCAACACUGUGAUCUCAGACUACCAACUGACUGCUGCUCCAUGUGUCAGAGCCUUAUGACGUGUACCUUAAGAGUUCAUCUUGAUUCUCAGUGUUGUUAUUACAUUUGCACAGGUAUAAACUUAUUUCAGUUUAAAACUGGCAAAAGGUAUUUAAAGUUACGAUGUACGUUUUGCCUCCCAUCUAUUCUUUCCUUUCACUCUGGGUGUACAAAUUUUUCCAUAUUGUUAGCCUUUCGGGAAAGAGGUUAUUAAUAAAAUUUAUAUGAUCCCCUUUUCUAGUCUUCGUGUUAGUGUAAAAAAAAUCUUGUGAAAAUCAUUCUUUGUCCCGUCUGUCCGCAAUACACAAAAUUUCUGUC